UAUGAGUCGUUUUUCUGGUGUUGCUUUCAAUCGCCUCUCUUUUAACUAAAUCGCGGAAACCUACACUAUGUACUGAUUCCUCCAUGAGAACGUAGUGAAGUUCCCAUAGCUUACGAUGUUACAACAGAAUUGUCAUCAGACUCCUGUGACGGAACAUAUGUCUUUUUGUCUGUCGCUGGACUUGUCUUGGAGAUUCUGUUGUGGACCAAGAGGCAUCUCUUUAUUUCCUCUUAUCUUAUCUAGUCAAUCAAUGAAUGCAGACCGGUUCUUGAAACUCUGUUGACACGCCAGAACAAGAUAAGGAAUGUGUAAGUUUUGCGCCUGAAAGACCUUGAUCCCCUACGCCGGGGCAUGCUGAUAAGAAUUUCAACAAUCAAUUCCUGUGUGUGAGACUGAAGCUAACUUUUAAGAAGGAACCUCUGAGCACAGUGAAGAGUGUUUAGCAGGUUUUGUUUCCCAAUCCCCUGCAAAUAGCAAGAACUGUGAAUACUGUUGCCACACCUAUAAUGAUCAUCCUGGUUCGGACUCCACUACCAGAUUUAAAAACUUAUCAAAAUGGCGCCAGAGCCACUGGAUAUCUCUGAGCAUGAGUUGCUCUUCAAAGCAACCAAUUUAUUCAAACUGGCCUCCAUAGAUUUGUCUCGGUGCUUGGAGGCAUUAUGAGGAAUAUUAGAAACCUCUACAUUAACUCCUCAGCAGUCAAAGAAAUUAAUUUUGUUGAAGCUGCGAUGGUGAUUCAGAAUUCAUCGAUUAUCUUUGCCAAGAAUGUCGACACAAUUUGGGCAAGAGCUAUGAACAUACGGCUUGCUUUAUCUGCUAACAUAAUAUAAAAAUAUUGAUAUGAAACUAGACAAGAAAGAGGAUAAACUAGCAAAGCAAUCAGAUAAACUUGUCCCUCCCACCUCCUUGCGAAUCAAAAGUGGUUAAUAAAUUGAGAGAUAUUUUCACACCUUAAGGAGAAGCAGUCUGGAAAAUGGAUGAAUUCAGAUUAUUUUGGCCCAUCACGAAAAGCGGUUAUCUACAAGAAGAUCGUGAACCUGAUGAUCGGUGUGUGUUUCCUGAAAGAAUCAUUGAACAAAGUUUUACAGAGGCUGCCGGGCAUCCUGUUAAUAAGGAAAUUUUCAAUAAUGACAUGGAUCACUCGAUGAUGGACGGACACUAUCCUCUGUCCCCGCCUCCUCCAACACUACCACCAACCCCUUCGCCUAUGGACCUCCCCAUGAAGUUUUGCCUGAAAGUUUGAAAGAUACUCAAGUAGAAACUGAGGAAGAACGCGAGUGUUAGCAGAAAAAACAAAAAAAUCCAGAGCGAGAAAACACUGUGUCUCUAGAUAAAGUUAGAGCUAAAGCGUGGGAACUCAUCCUUUUGGACAAAGGCAAUCCGAAUUGGCCUUUGGUAAAACGAAGAGUAUACAAGUUGGAUACAAGUGAUUUGUCUAAUUCGCGGAGCCUCUGUCAGGGAGAACUCUUCAUCCUUAAGGUUUCAACAAAACAUUUCAAGUACCAUACAAUUUGGGCGUGAGUUUGCUGCAUGCAGGCACCUAUUCCAGCGUUUGACUACUUGACAGAAGCUGUGCAAGUUUGUCAUAUGAAUCCUGUUCUAUGGUUACGACUUGCUGAAGCCUGCAUAAUGGCAUAUGAAUCACUCAGAAGCACAAUCUUAUGCAAUUCCAGUCGCUGGUUUAAGAUUCGAAUCCUUAUGUUUAAAAAAUGCGCAAUUUCUAAUGAGAAAUGGGGGAGAUGCACCUAACAUAGGACAUUUAAGAUGCCAUAUUUUAGCUGCAAGUGUGUAUGUUUGUCUAUGUCUCGGAGAUUCCAUCCUCGCUCUAAAUCAUGCCAACUCAUUGCUCUGUCAGAACUCCCUGUCUGGCGCACACAAGUUCCUCGGUCAUUUGUAUGCCGCUGAAGCACUGAUAAUCUUAGGCCAAUCAUCAGAAGCCAUGGAUUAUUUAAAAUUAGAUUACUUGAAUGAUUUAAGUUUACUCUCUCCUCCCCAAAAGUAUGAAGUCCCACUGAAACCUCCGAUAUCCUGGUUCCCUAAUAACAUUACCGUGGCCAAAAAUAUCCUUCAAUUCAAUUUAGCUGUUGCUCUAGUAAUUCAAGAGGAAUCAGAAAAAUCUGCAGAAGUGUUGAAAUCGGUGCAGUGCCAAAGUAGCUGGUAAAUUACUCCUUUUCCUUGUCAGACAUGUCACCGACCUUUUCACCUACAAGAAGCAGGAUAUCAGGCUAGGUUGGAGGUGGUGCUGCAGGUAUAGGAGGUGUCGCUGCAGGUUAGGUUUUAUUGGUGGUGGUGUUAGAAAUAUUGGAAGUGGAAUACCUGAUUAGAUUUUUUAGUGAUUUAGAACAAGGUAAGUGAGACAUAGGUAUGCUCUCCUCGACCUUUUUUGCCGAAAUUCAUUUUUCUCUCCUUCUAUAGAGCCGUUGUGUGAGUUUUGAAUUUCAAAAACUUUGUAUUCCUAGCCGAAAAUGAAUAUGACAGUCUGCUGUUAAUAGUAGUAAACAAACAACCACCUCACUGAAAGCAAAUGAAUUUUUAUUCUUAACGAAUAUGCUUUCACCAAAUGUGUCCUUUUUAUCAACAGCAGAUGGUCAUAUUUGUUUUCGGCCAAAACUGCGAAGCUGUUGGAAUUCAAAUCUCUUGCUGUGGCUUUGAUGGCAGGCAAGAUCCAUCCAUGUAGGUCAGUCAUUGCGCAGAUAUCCCCGCUCGGGGUUAGCCCCAUCCAUUGGCUCGAGAUGUCAGCAUUACUACCGCGAAAGCGAAACAGCACGGAUACAAUGCUUUUCUAAUGGGAGAGAGCAAAUUUUUCUCAAUGAAUCAUUUAAAUUUCUUCUUUUAAAACAGUUUGAAACUUUCUGAAUGUAAAAAAAAAGUCUCGGCAUUAGCGCAUGGAACUUCAAUUUGAUCGAUAAUCCCUUUUUAUAUUUUUAAAAAAAUGAUUUUUGAGGUUAACCAUUUCGGGUAUUCGGUGGAUUGUUUGUUUACGUUCAGCCAGUGCUAUUUCGAGGUUGCGCAUAAUUCGAUCUCCUGUUAGAUCUACGAUUAACUGAUGUUAUGUUAUCAAUUAUUCAAUUAGUUCCUUUUUAUUUGUUGAACGGUGUUAUUUACUUUCAGUGUGCUGAAGAGUGAAGUUUAGCCUUUUCUUACCUAGCAAUUAUUUUCAUCAAAUGUUCAUCACAUUCAUAACUUCACUCAUAUUCUUAAUAUGUAUGUACUGUGAUCUCACUUGGGUAGACAAUGAACGGAUUUAUGUACUUAAGCAGCUCGAAAAGUUUACUUUAUUACGCCAGUACCAGAGUAUGGUCAAGAAUUUUCAUCUCCUAAUUACAGAAAGUUCCCAUCUUUAUUCAAAUCAAUGACGAAUACUUACUUCCAUACUUACCUUUUAUUUGCAACAUUAUUUUUUAGUACGUGGGUUUCCAUGUCUUGUCCAAUUAUUUCCAGUAGUACUUUGUCAAUUCCUCAUCGUCUGGCCAUUACCGAGAGUACAUCAGACUCCGUGCCAAAUGCAGGCAAUUUUUGUUCUCUGUUGCAGCUUAUGAUGGACUUUCAGGUAUGUUUAAGGGAGUUCGAGAGGUAAUGCGGGUUGUUGAAGAAGCGCAGAAAAUCAUAUAGCAAGAAAAUGCAAGUUGAUAAAGACAAAUUUAUAAACCAAAAAAACCACAAUGACAGAGCAAAAAAAGCCUAUAGUCAUGGGAAGCAUUAAAAAAUGCAAGAAAUCAAAGUUAUGAUUGUUUAAUAAAGUAAAACAAAAUUACAGAAGAUGGAAUAAGAGAGUAUUACUUCAGUCACUAAGUACAUUCAAUCUAAAGUUAUUGUAAAGCAUGAAAAGUGCAAGUUGAAAAAGACAAAUUUAAAAACCAAAAAAACCACAUUGAGAGUGAAAAGAAGCUUAUAGCCAUGAAAAGAGUAAAACAUAUAAGAAAUCAAACUCAUGAUUGUUU